AUGCUCGCCACCGCCUCCCACCCGGUCCCGCUCGGCAGCUCUCCUGAAGUCGGUCUCUCUUCUGCUGCCGUCUCGGCCCUUGCGCAAUUCAUGGCCGACUCACAGGCUCUCGAAGAGAUGGCAGCGGCCUAUACGGCCGCUGACAACCUCUCCGCCGAUAAGGAGUGGUCGAUGGAUGCGUUUCCCGAGUUGUGGGGAAUGAGCCAGUUCUGGAACGACGAGAACACGGCGCGCAAGCUCGCCCGCGAGUGUGUCUCGCAAGCCAAGGGCGGGACGAUCGUUCUCAUCUCGAGCCCGUCCGUCUUCCUCAUGCUCAAGAAAAUGGGCGUGCCGAACAAACUCCUUCUCCUCGAAUACGACUCGCGUUUCUCCGUCUUCCCCGAGUUUCGGUUCUACGACUUUGCCCGCCCCCUCUCCCUGGGCGGAAUGAAGGAGCAAGCUGCGGUCGUCUUGGUGGACCCACCAUACGUCAACGCCGAGUGUUUUUCCAAGGCGGCGCAGACGACGCGUGCCCUCUCGGGCCCGGACACAAAGAUCAUCGCCUGUACUGGCUGGGUCGUACGCCACUGCGCGGCCGAGACUCUCGGUGUCAAGAUGAUCAACUUCCGUCCCGGUCAUGCUGGGGGCUUGGCAACCCCGUUCCGCGCAUACGUCAAUUACGAGAGCAAGAACCCUUCGUUCAUGUACGACCCGGACCCGGAGGACGGGGACAAUGACGGCACGGCGUUCGCCGGCGCCGGCGGCAUCGGUACCGAUGCGUGA